UCCACCACCGGCACCACCUCCAUCGCCACCACCACCACCUCCGCCACCACGUCCUCGCUGACAGCGACGGCGGCUACGACGACUACCACGUCGACGACGCUUAGACCGGCGUUCCGAGGCUCAACGACCUCCUCGUCUGCGCGAGUGUCGCCGCAGCCGCCACCCUUGACGCCGCCCCAGUAUCCUGCGCCCCCACGGCCCCCUAGUCGAAACGGUGGGGAUGAAGCGCGUGUCGCGAGGGCGAGAGGAAGCGGACGCGGAGCAUUAUCGAACACCAUCCUCGCUAAUGGAACGCCCUUGUCGAGAGUGCCACCACCUCGCGCGGGCUGGGCAGUGCGGAUCAACGAGGCGACACUCACUACCCCGACUCAGUCAACGAAUCGUCAGCAGCAGCAGCAGCAGCAGCAGCAGCAGCAGCAGCAGCAACAGCAUCAACAGCAGGAUCAGCAGCAUACGACAGGUCCUCCAGGUACACCGAGAGCCGUCGAACAAUGGGCUAGCGAGCGGGCAUCGUCGUCGUCGGCUUUGUUGGUUCGUGGUUCCACGUCACCAUCGUCACCAGAAGCACCAUCAGCGAGAAGAGCUGACACAGGAUCGGCCGGCAGAGUGCCCCCGUCGCCGAGUCGAAUCGGAGGAGCAGCCCCGCCAGCGUCAGCGUCGCCGGGAGCGAAUCGAAAAGGAGAAGAAAGGGAAAGAGGACCAGCAGGAGUGGUCGCCGCCGGUGUCCGUUUCCCGAAUCAUUGGCAGGAGGAGGAAGAGCUGGAGGCGAAGAAGAAGGAGGAGCACCGGAACCAGCAUCCCGUGGACGCAGCGGCUUGCUACCAAGCCGAGCAUCUCGGGCUGAGACCCGGUCGGCCGAUGUCGCAGAACAAUGCGAUCCCGCCGCUCUCGCGGCCACCCUCCUCGCAAGCAACCAGCGGAAUCGGCCUCGACGCGAGCGGCACCGACGCCGCGAACACCGACGACGGAGACGCGCAUUCCUCGACCGUCCGACCGGUCCAGGUCGUCCGACCGGUGCAGGUCGUCCAGCCGAUCCGCGUGCACGACCACAACCGGCCGUUCCCGCCGCCGCGGGUGCCACCGUCCGGCACCGCCGCGACGACCGUCGUCCCCAACGUCUCGUCGACCCCUCCGAACCCCAGGAUCGUCCCGGUCACCGCGCCCCUCAGCCCCCUCUCGAGUACCUUCCGCAGCAGGCCCCGGCCCGUGGACGCGCCGAGCGACUCGGCGGCCAGCCCCAGAGGGGGCCUGCUGUCGGGCACCGCGGCCGACACGCCGCCCAGGAGUCCCAUCGGCGAGGUCAGCCUGACCGUGCCCCGUCCGGACGGCGAGCGGACCAUCAACGAGUACGUGGAGGCGCCGUUCAAGCACUGCUGCCUGAACCAGGAGCGCCGGCUGGACGACGAGAAGCGGCUGGCCACCGAAUGCCCGAAGAUCGAGAGGCGGCAGCAACGGCAGAAGGGCGAAAGCUGA